AUGUUUCUCAACGAAGGUUCGCGUUGGUACGUUGGCCUCGUCGGACACUUGAUCCAUCCAGAAUACGAAGAGGGCUUUACAAAUACGGUUGCCAUACUCUUCCUGGAAAGUGGGAACAAUCCGCGCUUUUGGCAACCAAUUACACUAACGGCCGACCAUAAAAAGCUCAGUAGAUGGAGUAAGGUGUACAAUGUCGGAUACACUGACCGUAAUACGGUUUUGGAGCAGGAGUUGCUUGAAAUGGAAUAUGUGAGCCGGGCAACAUGCGAAGAAUUCUACGUAAAAGAGGAGAUCAAUUUUGACUUUUUGUGGCCCCCUAAUGCCUUGUGCUUCAAGAUGAUAAACUCUAAUCAGACCUGUGUCAAUAACGCUGGUAUGGCACUGGCGAGCAACGUUACCGAUGCCUGGAUCUUAAUGGGCUUAAGCACGCAGGGCCCUGGAUGCUCUUUGCCUGCCCGCUAUAUAGAGAUCUUCCCAUACGUUAAAUGGAUAAGGGAUCACACAAUAGUGAAGAAGUCGACCCGUCGCCAAUCCUACUACCACGAAGCCAUCCUCACCCAACACGGCUACAAAUCAUACGAUGAACUAUUCUUCCAACAUUUAACUGAAGAUUAUUAUUUACGUCUAUAUCCCUCGUACGCAAACAUAACGGAGAAUGUGGAGGGCUGUUAUUGGUACGGUACUAACAAAAGUCUUAUGUAUAAGGACGAGGAAGUUUUCAACACGAAGAGCCCAUCGGCCAUCGGGGUGUAUGGCCUCUACCUCAUCGACACCAACUUCAUGUAUAGGACCUGCGUGCAGGUGUAUACCCGAGGUACCGCACGGAGCAAAAUCUACCUGUACACGCUGUACGCACAGCCGCACCCAGCGGACACGCCGAUGUUCGGGAAGACCGUGGCCUCCAGGGUCAAGGACGCGGGAAACAACGAGAGCUACAUGGUGAUCACCGACCCCAGGCCGAUCCACGGCCUGGACACCACCUACCUCUACUUCAGGUUCCAGUUCUCGUUCACCGGCCUCGUGGUGGUGACCAUCUUCGGGGAGUACAACGGCACGGAGAUAGCUACU